GAGAAGGAAGAACAUCACUAUUUGACCUCUCGAUCUUCAGAAAGUAGGUAAAUUUUACAAGAGACGAGAGACAGAGGUUGGUGGAGGAAGAAGCAAUGUCGGCUAGGUAUUGGUGUUAUAUGUGUUCACAAGCUAUGAAUCCAAUCAUUGACGCCGAGCUCAAAUGUCCCUAUUGCCAAAACGGAUUCGUUGAGGAAAUGAGCGGUGAGGUUCAAGACCAAGAGAUCGAUUUUGGUACAGACCAAGCAUUGUCUCAAUGGGGACCAAUCUUGGUUGGAAUGAUGAGCAAUCCCAGGAGACGUAGAAGGUUUAGGAGGACAGAGUUUGAUGUUGAUAAUGAUGAUGGCAAUGACAUCAACAAUGUCGAUAAUCAUCGUCGUCGUCUUCGCCACAGGGAAGAUGAUGGAGAGAUUGAGUUAGACAGGGAGGUUGAUUCUAUCAUCAGGAGGAGACGAAGAUGCUCAGCUGCGAUUUUGCAGUUGCUUCAAGGCAUUCGUGAAGGGACUAACUCAGAUCACGAGAGCUCUGUAAUUAGAGAUUACUUAGCUGGACCGGAGUUAAACCACUUGCUUCGAAGUCUAACUGAUAACGAUCAAGGGACACUUCCAGCAAGAAAGGAAGCAGUGGAGAAUCUCCCAACGGUUAAAGUAUGUGAGACAUUGCAAUGCUCGGUUUGUUUGGAUGAGUUUGAGAAAGGGAGUGAAGCUAAAGAGAUGCCGUGUAAGCAUAAGUUUCAUAUUAGGUGUAUAGUACCGUGGCUUGAGCUUCACGGCUCUUGUCCCGUGUGUAGGUAUGAGCUACCUCCUGAUGGUGAUGGGUUAAAGGUUGAUCUGGUUGGAACGAGAAGGAGAAGUUUUGGGAUUAACUUAAGUAAUGAGAAUGUGGAAGAGGAUGUAAGGAAUGGGAGCGAGAGGAGGUUCUCACUACCAUGGUCGUUGAGUGGAUUGUUUUCUUCCUCCUCUUCGUCAUCAGGAUCAACUUCAGGGUCGUCUCAGCUCAAUGAGAACUCAAGUUCAAGAUAAAAGAAGAAACAAAACAGUUUCUGCCCUCUUUCUAUAUCCGUCAGGUUGAAGUACAUUAGAUCACUUUUUGAGGAAUGGAGUAGUUUCUUUGUUUGUUUUGUAUCUUCUUCCUAGGAACAAAUGUUACUCUCAAGUGAAUUCUUUGAAUCUAUCUAUUUGCAAACUUUGCACAGUUAAAUUGAUUAUCGA